AUGGCAGCAACGACGAAACCGACUGAAGAACUUCUCGACGAUGUAAUAUCAUUGGAGUCUGACAAUGAGUCGUUCGAUGAUCCUGACGACAUAGACUCUGAUGACGAGGACAAGGGUCCUUAUGUCUUUCGGUACCUGAACAAGAAGGACCCAGCAAAAGCAUUGAGACAGUUGAAGCGAUUGUAUAACUGUGUAUUGGUUGAUCAUCGAGAAGAACUGGCGACAUUGCAGAAGGAGAGGAACCAAUACAAGGAUAAACUUAACAAUAUUAUUGUCGAGCUGUUUGCCAUCUACAAGAAAUAUGGCUUGUCACCAACAUUAUAA